UGCUUGGGACAAGAGCCGCCUGGCAUUGGCGAGCGGGGCUGGCGAGGGCGAGGAGCGGGCCCCGAGGAGGCUCCGUCGGCCGGCAUGAAGAGCAGGAGGCGGGCUGAGCCGCAGUGAGACUCCCUCCCGGCGGCGCUCGCUUGGCAGCCUGGCCCCGGGCCGAGGCGGAGAGCCACGUCCCUCGAAGCCUGGCUGCCCCAGGACUUGGAGGAGAAGGAGAAAGAAGGAGGAGGAGGAGGAGAGGCAGCGCUGAGCGGGAGACCUGGGCGAGGAAGAGGCUUUGGGAAGAGGAGGAGGAAGGAGAAGGAGCCCAAGAAGACGCCGAGCCUGGAGAAGAGCAGGAGGAGGAGGAGAAGGAGGAGGAGGAGGAAGAGGCGACCGGGAGAAGGAGGACCAGCGCAGCCAUGCCUCUCCUGCCCGGGAUUGCGAGCGGACUUUGGCGAGACAGGACUUCGCUGCUGCUGCUGCUGCUGAUGCUCUUGGUGGGCAAACUCAGCCUCUGCCGCGCAGGAAUUGAGUAUGGAGAUGUGCUUCCGGAUUCUUUCCCUUCAGCCCCUGCAGAGAGCCUUCCUCAUUUCCUCCUGGAGCCACAAGAUGCCUACAUUGUGAAGAACAAACCAGUGGAGCUAAUCUGCAGAGCCAAUCCAGCCACUCAGAUCUACUUCAAGUGCAACGGAGAGUGGGUGAAUCAGAAUGAUCAUCUCACCAAGGAGAGUGUGGAUGAGGUCACUGGUCUCCUUGUCAGAGAGGUCCAGAUUGAAGUUUCUCGACAGCAAGUGGAAGAACUGUUUGGCUUAGAAGACUACUGGUGUCAAUGUGUGGCCUGGAGCUCAGCUGGGACCACAAAAAGCCGGCGGUCUUAUGUCCGGAUAGCAUACCUGAGGAAGAACUUUGACCAGGAGCCCCUUGGGAAAGAGGUGCCGCUGGAUCAUGAAGUCUUACUGCAGUGCCGUCCCCCUGAAGGAGUGCCAACUGCUGAGGUGGAAUGGCUAAAAAAUGAGGAUUUGAUUGAUUCUUCACAAGACACUAACUUUCUGAUAACCAUUGAUCAUAACCUCAUCAUCAAGCAGGCGCGCCUUUCUGACACCGCCAACUAUACCUGUGUGGCCAAGAAUAUUGUGGCCAAACGAAGGAGUACUACAGCCACCAUCAUUGUUUAUGUGAAUGGGGGCUGGUCAACCUGGUCAGAAUGGUCCCUGUGCAGCAAUCGCUGUGGCCGUGGAUGGCAGAAACGCAGCCGGACCUGCACCAAUCCAGCACCUCUUAAUGGUGGCUCUGUUUGUGAUGGACAGUCCUUACAGAAGCUUGUCUGUACCACCAUGUGCCCAGUAGAUGGAGCUUGGACCGAAUGGAGCAAGUGGUCUGCUUGUAGCACAGAAUGCACGCACUGGAGGAGCAGAGAGUGCAUGGCCCCAUCUCCCAAAAAUGGAGGCAAAGACUGCAGUGGAGUGCUGCUCGACUCCAAAAACUGCACCGAUGGACUCUGUAUGCAAAAUAAAAGAUUUGUAAGCGAACCCAAAAGUCACCUGUUAGAGGCAACUGGUGAUGUAGCGUUGUAUGCUGGCCUGGUGGUUGCCAUCUUUAUCUUCAUUGUUAUCCUGAUGGCUGUUGGGGUGGUCGUGUACAGGCGCAGCUGCCGGGACUUUGACACCGACAUAACCGACUCUUCGGCUGCCCUGACAGGAGGCUUCCACCCAGUCAAUUUCAAGACCUCCAGACAUGACACUCCACAACUACUACACCCUUCGAUGCAGCCUGACCUCACAGCCAACGCGGGUAUAUACCGUGGUCCCAUGUAUGCUUUGCAAGAUUCCUCUGACAAGAUCCCAAUGACCAACUCUCCAUUGCUUGACCCACUCCCUAACCUCAAGAUCAAAGUAUAUAAUUCCUCCACAACAUCCUCUUCUCCUGGGAUACAUGAGGCAGCAAAUCUUUUAGGAACCAUGCCCUCAGGCACUUUCCCAGGAGAGAACUUCAGGGACAAUCACUUCAUGAACCUAAGGAAUAAGACCAUGGGCUCUCAGCAGCUCUUAACUCUACCCCGGGAGCCUGGGAAUAGCGCUACUGGGACAUUUGGCUGCCUGGGAGGAAGACUCACCAUCCCUGGAACAGGGGUGAGUCUCUUGGUGCCACAUGGAGCAAUUCCUCAGGGGAAGUUCUAUGAAAUGUAUUUGAUGAUCAACAAAGCAGAAAAUUCUCUCUUGCCCUCAGAAGGCACACAGACAGUGCUGAGUCCCAUGGUUACUUGCGGUCCCACUGGCCUGCUCUUAUGCCGCCCUGUCAUCCUGACUGUCCCACACUGCGCAGACGUCAGUUCUCCAGACUGGAUGUUGCAACUCAAAACUCAGUCUCACCAAGGAAACUGGGAGGAGGUUGUCACUCUGGAUGAAGAGACUUUAAACACUCCCUGCUACUGCCAACUGGAACCCAAGUGCUGCCAUGUUCUUCUCGAGCAGCUUGGGACGUAUGUCCUGGUGGGAGAGUCCUACUCCAGAUCAGCCAUCAAGAGACUCCAGCUUGCCAUCUUUGCUCCCACCCUGUGCACCUCACUGGAAUACAGUCUUAAAGUAUACUGCCUGGAGGAUACACCAGAUGCCCUCAAGGAAGUGCUUGAAUUAGAAAAGACUCUUGGAGGAUACCUCUUGGAAGAACCCAAGCCCCUUCUCUUCAAGGACAGUUAUCACAACAUGCGCCUCUCUGUCCAUGAUAUCCCCCAUUCCCUUUGGAGGAGCAAACUCCUGGCUAAGUAUCAGGAAAAACCAAUGGAAUGCUGCCAGCUAUUGGUCUAUGGUACACCUGAAAUCCCUUUCUAUCAUAUCUGGAGUGGCAGCCAACGGGCACUACACUGCACCUUCACUCUUGAGAGAUACAGCUUAGCUUCCACAGAACUUACCUGCAAGAUCUGUGUCCGGCAAGUGGAAGGGGAAGGGCAGAUAUUUCAGCUACACAUUACACUUGGAGAGAACUCCAGCUCCUUUGAUGCCUUGUGUUCCUACCCUGGCAGUGCCCUGACGACUCAGCUAGGGCCCUAUGCCUUCAAGAUCCCUCUGUCCAUACGACAGAAAAUCUGCAACAGCCUUGAUGCCCCCAACUCCAGAGGAAACGACUGGCGUCUUCUUGCUCAGAAGCUUUCCAUGGAUCGGUAUCUGAAUUUUUUUGCCACCAAAGCCAGCCCAACGGGGGUCAUCCUGGACUUAUGGGAAGCCCAGCACCAAGACGAUGGAGACCUGAACACUCUGGCCAGUGCCUUGGAAGAGAUGGGCAAGAGUGAGAUGCUGGUGGUGAUGGCAACGGAAGGGGACUGCUGAUGCAGCUCUCAAGAUGGCUUCUUCCUGCCAUGGCCGAAUGGGGGGCAGAAGGGGAGAGGGAGUGAAGAUAAGAAAGAAAGGGGGGAAAGCAGCCCUUAUUUGAAGGGAACAGAGGCAAGCAAUUGCCAAGAAGAAACAGAACUCCAAAAAGGAGAGCGAUGAGGGCUUCUUCUCCUUCUCACACUUCUCCCUCCUCAAAUCACAGUCAGCCUUAGAGAUCCUCAUUGCUCAGUUUACAAGCAAUCCAAGUGUUAAAAAAAGACUCCUUCCUCCUUCUCCUCACAGCCUUGGAGUCGAGGCAUACACACGCAAUGCAUCCUUGGUAACCAUGACUGCAGUCAUAGGGGCCAUCUCAGCUCCCGUUGCCUCCCAUGGCAUCUGAAAGGCUGCCAGAGUCUGAGUUAGGUUAUUUUUUCCCUUAUUUUAAUUUUUUGCUUUGUUUAUAUUCUUUUCCUGCCCUUUGCUCUCGCCCAUUCCAUGCCUUAUUCUCUCUUAUUUCUCCUUUAUUGACAUUUACGCUUUGAAGAGUCAAGACCGCUUCAUUCCGUCAAGGCUUCAAAGAGCUGAACAACCAUACACACACACAUACACAUACAUACACACAAAGGAAAAGGAAAAAAAGGAAAACAGUUUCUUAGGAAACGCAAGUAAUUUAUUAUCCAGAUCUUUGGAUUCAUCCUUUUUUAAAUAUAAAAGUAAGGAUAUUUCAUGUAUGUGAGAGCAAGAGCACUCUGGAA